AUUGAGAUGUAUGUCCCUCGCGUGUUUCCGUAGCGCAAUCGGUCUAAGUUUGGAUUUUGAGGAAGUGCUCAGCCAGCGGGCAAAUCACAAAGCAUCAGCGAAGAUCCUACGGUUAUUUUAAACAGUACAUUCGCGUUCGCACUGAAAAUACACUAUGGCAUAUCAACUCUACAGAAACACGACGCUUGGAAAUAGUCUACAGGAGAGUCUCGAUGAGCUUAUUCAGACUCAACAGAUCACACCACAGUUAGCCCUCCAAGUACUUUUACAGUUUGAUAAAGCUAUCAACACAGCGCUGGCUAACCGGGUCCGCAACAGGGUCAACUUUAGGGGAUCUCUGAACACAUACAGAUUCUGUGAUAAUGUCUGGACGUUUGUUUUAAAUGACGUCGAGUUCCGGGAGGUGACUGAUCUGGUCAAGGUGGACAAAGUAAAAAUUGUAGCAUGUGAUGGCAAAAACACUGGGUCUAAUGCAACUGAGUGAAAUCAAGGUGGAUAGAGAGAAAUGGAGUGAAUUGAGUUGCUGGCUGAUGGGGAAAGAAUGACCAGAAUUGAUGACGAGGCACACAGCGGAGGGGACUGUGUAUAUAUUAUUUAUUACAAGAACCAGUUCUCCAGCCUUCAUACACCAACCUGCUCAGUGGAGGACUGACAAACGUAUGGAGCACAAAAGGCUUUGGAUGUCACAUGAAAGUUUUCUUUUUAUAAAUAAAUAUAUAUAAUUUUCAUAGAAAUGACAAUGCUUUUCAGUUUGUUACUAUUUAGCGUAUUCUCUAAUAAACUUGUUUUAAAGGUU